CCCUGAUAAGUAAUGCAUAGGCUUGAACAACUAUUCAAUGUUUGCAAGAAAAAAAGACUUCUAAGAAACCUUACCUAAGUAGUACCUGAACUCAAAUUUCCAUAACGAUAACUGUUUUUCCCCCCAGCAACGUAACUUAUUUAUGUUACUAUUUUUGACUUGAGUUUUGCUGAAUCAGCAAUUCAAUUGUGUUAAAAUGUAAUGACACUGCAGAAUAUGUUUCAAAGUUUUCAAAGUCGGACGGAAAUUUUGAUAGAAGCGGAAUGAAGCAACAAGUUGUUCAGAUAGUAUACACUUUCUGCAUCCUUCUUUCGGCAAAAAAGCUUGUCGAUUGCAAACAACAUACCUGUUCCAAGAACCAAUACGUCAUCAUCGAUGAUCAGGGAAGAAAAUCUUGCUUGACGUGUAACAAUUGUCCUUCUGGGAGGGGUCUCUAUCCUCCUUGUGGUAGCGAACUGUACCACACUGCUCGCAUAGACUGUUUUCCCUGCACUGAAAACACUUAUUCAGACGAGUAUGGCCCAAGCUCUUGUAAGUCGUGUGGAAUUUGCUCGUCCCAUGAAAUAGUAAAUAACAAUUGCACGGCAUCCCAAAAUACCAAUUGUUCCAAAGCAUGUGCCCGGGGGUAUUACUAUGAUACAACCACACAUGGCUGUCAGCAAUGCUCUGAAUGCUGUGGCAAUGGUGAAGACAUUAGAAUUGAGGAAUGCAAGAAACAUGACAUGCCACGUUCGAAGCAGUGUUCUGUUCAUCAAAGUCAACAUUGCAAGAAAGGUACUACUACGUCAUCUCCCGGUGGAUUGCAACCUCACGACCAUGAUUCUGGACAGCAAACCACUUGGAUUAUAGGUCUGGUCUUUGGAAUCAUCGCGAUAAUCGUAAUAACCGUGAUAAUAAUCAUAUUAACAAGAACUGGAAGAAUUCACGUACCACGUAGGAAAAGGAAUGAUGUCGAGGCAGAAAAUGUCAGCUUCAACAGCAAUCUGUUCGACAACUUGUCAGCUUCACUGCAUGAUGACCCAGACACAAUAACGCCAAUAGAAUGUAUCUUGGAAACAAGCAUUGGAGAGGCACCCAAUGUAGGACCCCUAAAGACAAGUUUAAAAAUCCUCCUCGAUCCUUCAAGGUCCUUCGGGGGAGACAUCAAGUCUCUCGCUGAUGCCUUCGGGUACAACGGUAAUAAAAUAGAUUUUUUGAUGAAAGAAUCACAUGGGUCACCAACUGAGGAACUGUUGCGUGCUAAAGGACAUAAAAGUAUCAAAUAUCUUCUGGAAAAACUGGUUUACAUUGAAAGGGAGGAUGCUGCUAGAAAGCUUAGAGAAUACAUUAAGUCGCAGAACUGCGAGUGCGAACGUUGUAAAUAGAGUUGAUUUUUUUAUAUUUCGAUUGUGAUUCAUUCUCAGAGGACUGAGCUACACAUGUAGAUUGUGUGAAGCCUGGUUCUUACACUAGCGACGAAAUUCAAGCACAUGCAAGUCCAUGUUCAGGAGAGUAGGCAGAGGGGACUAGCUCUCCCCAAACUUCCAACCGGGCCUUCGAAGAAACAAAAUGGCGGCUUUUUAUAAUUUAUACAGUGUUUUUCAAUAUUUUUUUCAGUAAACAUAAAACGUAAAACGUAAUGCUGGGUUCUUUAGGAUCUUUUUGGAUCGACAUUUCAGAAGCUUCAACAAAAUGGCGGAUUUUUGAAUUCGAUUCGACCGCCCCUACGAAAUAGACCGCCAGUAUUAUCACGAUUCAUGCCUACACUUCCAGAAUCCCUUAUUGGAGUUUUAACAAUUGAACAUAUAUGAAAAGAGAUCUUGAAAAGAAGGAAUGUGGUAGUUCAUGUAUACCUAGGCUAGGGUCUAUUGCGUAAAUUGCAAUAUAAUUAUAAAGUAAAACUUUAUUUGAAAUUAAUAAGAAGUGUGUAUGAUCAGUUAUUAGCAAAAAGUAAGAAAAAUAUGAUAAUACAAAUAUAUAAAAAUA